AUGAGCAUCAUUGGAAAGAGCACAAUGACCCCUCGGGGGGCCGAUCUAAAGGUCACCCACAUUCAUUACAAGAACCCUAGGAUGGGGAGUCUUCCAGCUGCAGCCCAGCUCACCCUUGAUGCCAACCCACUCACCACCACCCAAGAAAUGCUGACCAAGCCUCACGGUGUGUCCCCAAGCUUGAAUCUCGUGGCCCUGACCCGCCAGACCUCCCGUGAGGGGGGGAGUCCCCUGCCCAGCGAGCACCCGGUGCUGCCAGCUGACGACAGGAGCCAGGCUGUCCACGGGUGCAGUGAGACGGCACGGGGCCUGUGGUGUGAGGUCUGGAACUGGGGCAGCCGGGCGCGGAGCGAGCCCUUCAGCCUCACCGUCAGCGAUGGUCCUGAUCGCGAGGAUAUCGCCAGGGAGUCUGCGUCUGGGGCGGUCAGCACGGUCCAGGCAGAGCUCGACUCCAGCCUGACCCGAUGUCAGACGGAGUCCCGGCCGGGCACCAGGUUCCACUGGACCCUUGACCGCUCCUCCACCGUCUACACAGGGGAGCAGCUGGUCAUCGGGGCCCUGACCUGGGAGCACCAGGGCAUCUACAACUGCGCGGCCUCCAACCCGCUGACCCACCUGGCCCGUUCCUGCCUCUGUCCUGGUCAGAGUGGUAGAGCGCUGCCUCCCAGUGACUGGAAAACAGCUGUUCACCAAGUGACAGCGGCAGUAAAGCCACAGCUUGGGAAGGGGCCAGGAACAGGCCUGAAGUCAUCCCUGUCUGCAGGAGCCAUUGCUGGCACUGCUGUCGGGAUCCUGGCUAUCACUGCCCUGUCCACAGGGCGGGGCUGUUUCCUUUACAUCAGAAAUGCCAGCCAGUCAAGCUGGGAAUGGGGUAGGGGGAGGGACGUAAAUACCUCUGAGGCCAAAGCUGUUUCUGAAAAUUUCUGGAGGUGGUCCCCAUCCCAAGCCCCAGGACCUCUUCACCACUGUCUUCCCCCCCAGAUGCUGCCACCAGACCCCCCAGAGCAGUUUUAUGAGGAGAAGCCACCAGCAGCAGCCCCUGGGAACUAUGCUCCCGGCCCCAGAAACCCAUCGCCGGAAGUUGCAUUGGAUCCAUUGGUCCCCACUCUCCCAGAAGGAAACACAGAAUCAAACUAUGAGGUCUGCGCAGAGGGUUGCUUAACCCGACUUCGUCCCGCUGCAGAGCCGUGCCGGACACUGAAGCCGGGACAGGCCCGACCUGGGCCGCGAGCCCGUGAACGCCCUGGUUGGUGA